AUGGUUUCUGUCAGCGACAACCACAUCGAAGAUCACUCGUACACCCUCAACUGGGCUGUUCACAUGUGUUUCAAUAGCAAGCUCUACUCAGAUGUCACCAUUCGUCUUGGAGAGAUUGAGCUUCCGGCACAUAGUAUCGUGCUCGCGGCCCAGAGUGAAUACUUCAAGAAGGCUUUGGAGUCACCCAUGAAAGAGGGCAUCGAGAGGAAGUUCGAGUUCAGCGAGGGAAGCAUGCAUGCCCACUGGAGGGUGUUUGAGUACAUCUACCGAGGAGAAUACAUUCUCGAUGCUGCGGUGCCACUGGGCUCGAUAGCCGACGACGAAGACCUCUUGAAAGACAUUCGCGUUUACGAGCUAGCAGACUACUUUCAGAUCGAGAACUUGAAGAACUAUGCCUUCCUUAACUUCAAGGCUCGACUCAAGACACUAUGGGUCAGCGAACAUCUUAUCGAUUGUAUACAAGAAGUGUACAAACUCCCGAGCAACCUCAGUUACGGAAUGAGGAUUGAGAUUGCGAAACUUGCGCGCAAACAUUUGGCGGAUCUUUGGGACAGGAAAGCCUUUCGCAAUCUUAUCCGCGAGGGAGGCCAAUUUGUCAUUGACAUUAUGAAAGACAUAAUCGCUGGUGAAUAA